GGGAUUCAGGGUUGGAAAACCCCAGUCCUGAUUUGGCCACGCCCCUCUCUGACCACGCCCCUCCCCUCCCAGCCAAUCCGGCCUAUCGGCUGCUCCUGGCCACCUACGCUCGGCCAAUGGGAGGCCUCGCCCGAGCCCCGCCCGAUGGCACCAAACCAAUCAAUACCGACGGUGAACCUGAGGGGGGGGCGGGGGCUUACGCCGAGGCUGACGUCACCGGAGGCUCCGCCUACGCGCUGGCUGGCCCCGCCCAUGGCCCCGCCCACGGCCCCGCCCUUCCCUCCUUCCCCCGGCAUCGCCUCCGCUUCCGGGAGAAGCUGGGGGAGGGGCAGUUCGGAGAGGUGCUGCUGUGUGAGGUCAUCGCCCCCCACACCCUGGACCUGGCCACGCCCACAGGGUCAGGCCACGCCCCCCCGGCCGAAGGGCGCCCCCUGCUGGUGGCGGUCAAAGUGCUGCGGCCGGACGCCACCAAGAACCAGUACCUGCCCUGCCCCCCCGGCUGCCCCCCCGCCCUGCACCGGCUGAUGUUGAACUGCUGGGCCCGAGAGGCGGCCGAGCGGCCGGACUUCGGCCACCUGCACCGGACACUGAGUGACCACCGGGCUCUGACCCCUGAGUGA